AUGGAGGUGAGAGAGAGGAGGGGGGAGAGAGAGGAGAGAGAGGAGGAGAGAGAGGAGGGGGGAGAGAGAGGAGAGAGAGGAGGAGAGAGACACUCACUCACACGUGUAAUCCAUGUUUGCCUGCCUCACGUGGUGGAGAGGUAAAGAUUCAAUUAAAGGAUAAAGGGACUAAAAUAGCUCUUUUCCCCCCAGUCAACAGUCAGGCCAACGUCUGCAAUGGCACCCUAUCCCCUAUACAGCGCACAUAGAACUCUGGCAGAAAGUAGUGCACUAUAUAGGGAAUAGGGUGCCAUUCUCUGGUCUAAAGUAGUGCACUAUAUAGGGAAUAGGGUGCCAUUCUCUGGUCUAAAGUAGUGCCCUAUAUAGGGAAUAGGGUGCCAUUCUCUGGUCUAAAGUAGUGCACUAUAUAGGGAAUAGGGUGCCAUUCUCUGGUCUAAAGUAGUGCCCUAUAUAGGGAAUAGGGUGCCAUUCUCUGGUCUAAAGUAGUGCACUAUAUAGGGAAUAGGGUGCCAUUCUCUGGUCUAAAGUAGUGCCCUAUAUAGGGAAUAGGGUGCCAUUCUCUGGUCUAAAGUAGUGCCCUAUAUAGGGAAUAGGGUGCCAUUCUCUGGUCUAAAGUAGUGCCCUAUAUAGGGAACAGGGUGCCAUUCUCUGGUCAAAAGUAGUGCACUAUAUAGGGAAUAGGGUGCCAUUCUCUGGUCUAAAGUAGUGCCCUAUAUAGGGAAUAGGGUGCCAUUCUCUGGUCUAAAGUAGUGCACUAUAUAGGGAAUAGGGCGCCAUUCUCUGGUCUAAAGUAGUGCACUAUAUAGGGAAUAGGGUGCCAUUCUCUGGUCUAAAGUAGUGCACUAUAUAGGGAAUAGGGUGCCAUUCUCUGGUCUAAAGUAGUGCACUAUAUAGGGAAUAGGGUGCCAUUCUCUGGUCUAAAGUAGUGCACUAUAUAGAGAAUAGGGUGCCAUUCUCUGGUCUAAAGUAGUGCCCUAAAUAGGGAAUAGGGUGCCAAUUGGGACGCACACUCAUCUGUUGUUUAUCACUACGGAGUAUCACUCUCCAGAUCAUCUGUUGUUUAUCAUUAUGGAGUAUCACUCUCCAGAUCAUCUGUUGUUUAUCAUUACGGAGUAUCACUCUCCAGAUCAUCUGUUGUUUAUCACUAGGGAGUAUCAACUCUCCAUAUCAUCUUUGUUGUUUAUCAUUAUGGAGUAUCACUCUCCAGAUCAUCUGUUGUUUAUCACUAUGGAGGAUCACUCUCCAGAUCAUCUGUAGUUUAUCACUACGGAGUAUCACUCUCCAGAUCAUCUGUUGUUUAUCACUACGGAGUAUCACUCUCCAGAUCAUCUGUUGUUUAACGCUAUGGAGUAUCACUCUCCAGAUCAUCUGUUGUUUAACGCUUAUCACUACGGAGUAUCACUCUCCAGAUCAUCUGUUGUUUAUCAUUAUGGAGUAUCACUCUCCAGAUCAUCUGUUGUUUAUCACUACGGAGUAUCACUCUCCAGAUCAUCUGUUGUUUAUCACUACGGAGUAUCACUCUCCAGAUCAUCUGUUGUUUAUCAUUAUGGAGUAUCAUUCUCCAGAUCAUCUGUUGUUUAUCACUAUGGAGUAUCACUCUCCAGAUCAUCUGUUGUUUAUCACUAUGGAGUAUCACUCUCCAGAUCAUCUGUUGUUUAACGCUUAUCACUAUGGAGGAUCACUCUCCAGAUCAUCUGUUGUUUAUCAUUAUGGAGUAUCACUCUCCAGAUCAUCUGUAGUUUAUCACUACGGAGUAUCACUCUCCAGAUCAUCUGUUGUUUAUCACUACGGAGUAUCACUCUCCAGAUCAUCUGUUGUUUAUCACUAUGGAGUAUCACUCUCCAGAUAA